GUAUGAUUUGUGUCGCUGUAGUGAAAUCCUUUAAGAUUAAUUGUAGGUUGAAAUUAGAUAUGCUGAUGAUUCUAGAAUCAUUGUGAAGGGAGAAGUAAACAUUAUCUCCGAUCAUAUUUCCAAAAUGAAAUACGAAUUGGUCACUCUGUUGUGGUUCUUGGGUUUCUUGCACACAAAGUGUUUGAUAAAUUGCUACCUCUAAAUUACUCUAGUCGUCUUGCCAUACUUCCCACCAUGCUCUCCGCCCAAAGAAUCAAACUAGAGACAAGCAUAACUAUAAUCCCCUCUUCAGCCGAAGAAAUUGCAAACAAUGAUGAUCUUUUGAUUGAAUUACUCAUUCGUCUUCCAUUCAAGUCCUUGCUCAUAUUCAAUUCAGAAUCCAAACACUGGCUGUCCCUUAUCUCCGAUCCUGACUUCUCCGACCGAAGUCUUAUACCCAGACCCAUCUCUGGCCGCUUUUUGUGUAAUAUUGAUCGUUCAGAAUACGACUUCAUCAUUCUUAAUUCCAGUUCAUCUCGCAAUCCCCUUCAAUUGCUUACUUUGGGUGAUGAUUCGUCAAAGAUCAUGGUUCUGCAUUCUUGUAUUGGUCUCUUAUUGUGUUGCAGUUUGAAAGUAAAGGAGUUUUCCCCCUACUUAAAUUUGAAGUAUUUCGACAACUAUCAUGUUUUCAAUCCCACUGCCAAGCAAUACACUAUGCUUCCUCCAAUCCGUGCCAGAACUAGAGUCUUUAGAGCUAUUCUGGGUAUCUUCUUGGCAUUUGAUCCUUCGAAAUCGCCUCAUUGCAAAGCCAUUUAUGUAAGGAGUAUUUGUGAUUCCUUAGAAAAUACCCGUUUUGAGAUGCUCAUUUACUCGUCAAAAACUGGGGGUUGGCAACAUUCUGGAAAUACUUUCGUUGGUCCAUUCAGUUUAAAUGCAGGGGGUGGUGUUUUCUGGAACGGUGCCGUUCACUGGAUUAAUUUUAGGCUGAAAUCUUUAUAUUUGGACAUUGAAGAAGAGAAAGUGGGAGAAAUGCCAAUGCCUCCUACUCCUGAUGGAUUUGCGCACAGGAGUUUUUCUUACUUUGGAGAGUCUCGAGGCCAUUAACAUCUUGUUGAGACUUAUAGUUCCAGUGCUGUUCAAUUUAAUAUGUUUGAAAUUGAGAAAGACUACUCCAGGUGGUUCGUCCAGUAUCAGGUUGAUCUUCGUGGGGUUGCAACAGCAUUUCCUGAAAUGCUUUACAGUGAUUUUAAUCAACAUUACUGUUUUCAAUAUUGUGCGUGGUAAG